AUGCGAAAUAUUGCAGAGAAUUUGCGAUGUCAGCUGGAGCGAACAUACCAGCUGAAGCUUGCAUCACAAAAAAGCAAUAGUAGCGAAAUUUUUGUGCCGGAAUGCAACCUUACAGAUGGAUCUUAUGCCACCUGCCAUCGAAGCACGGGCUAUUGCUGGUGCGUGACGCGCCUUGGAAAACCCUUGCCAAACACAUCCAGGCGAUACGGGUCGCCAAACUGUCAUAGUUUACAAAGUUAG